AUGCUAGGAGUCUUGUACAAAUGGCUAGAAGCAGAUCUCCAUGGCAAGAGCUCAGAUGCUGCAGACAGAGCCGCAGGGGAGAACUUUGACCAGAGCCCCUUGAGAAGAACGUUCAAGUCCAAGGUGUUGGCUCACUACCCGCAGAACAUCGAGUGGAACCCCUUCGAUCAGGAUGCCGUCAACAUGCUGUGCAUGCCCAAAGGGCUGUCCUUCCGCACGCAGGCGGACAACCGGGAGCCGCAGCUGCACUCCUUCCUCAUCACGCGGGAGGACGGCUCCCGCACCUACGGCUUCGUGCUCACCUUCUACGAGGAGGUCACGAGCAAGCAGAUCUGCACGGCCAUGCAGACGCUCUACCAGAUGCACAACGCCGAGCAGUACAGCAGCGUCUGCGCCUCCUCCUCGUGCAGCAUGGACUCGCUGGCCAGCAGCAGCGACGAGGGCGACGCCACGUCCCUCGCCAAGCUCCAGCGCUACAACUCCUAUGACAUUAGCAGGGACCUGCUGUACGUAUCCAAAUGCAUCUGCCUCAUCACCCCGCUGCCCUUCAUGCAGGCCUGCAAGAAGUUCCUGAUCCAGCUCUACAAGGCUGUGACCUCCCAGCAGCCGCCGCCUCUGCCCCUGGAGAGCUACAUCCACAACAUCCUGUACGAGGUGCCCCUGCCGCCGCCGGGCCGGUCGCUCAAGUUCUACGGCGUUUACGAGCCCAUCGUUUGCCAGAGGCCCGGACCCAACGAGCUCCCGCUGUCCGACUACCCGCUGCGGGAGGUCUUUGAGCUGCUGGGCUUGGAGAACCUCGUGCAGGUGUUCACGUGCGUUCUCCUGGAGAUGCAGAUCCUGCUCUACUCCCAAGUCCUUCCCACGCUGUCCUUGGUGGCAGACUCGCUGGAAACUGCAAGUGUUUUUGAGUUUGAGGGGCAGCACGUGUCCGUCCCCAUCCUCCCCGCUUCCCUCCUGCACUUCUUGGAUGCUCCCGUGCCCUACCUGAUGGGCCUGCAGUCCAAGGAGGGAACGGACCGCUCCAAGCUGGAGCUCCCCCAGGAGGCAAACUUGUGCUUUGUGGAUAUUGAUAACCAUUUCAUAGAACUGCCAGAAGAAUUCCCCCAGUUCCCCAACAAACUGGAAUUCAUCCAGGAGAUCUCCGAGGUCCUCCUCCAGUUUGGGAUCCCCCCGGAAGGUAACCUGCACUGCAGCGAAAGUGCCACCAAACUCAAGAACUUGGUUCUCAAUGACUUGGUGAAUGACAAGAAGAACGGGAACAUCCCCAGCAAUGCAAUCAACAUGUACGAGCUGCUAAAAGGCAACGAAACCAUCGCCCGCCUGCAAGCGCUAACCAAGAGGACGGGCGUCACGGUGGAGAAAAUGACCAUCACCGCUCCCCUGGUGGACAGGGAAGGGGACGUGAAGCUGCAGUGUGAGGAGCUGGAGCUGAGGGACUACAAACUCAACGUGCAGCUUCGGGAGGUUUUCGCCAACCGCUUCACGCAAAUGUUUGCAGACUACGAGGCUUUUGUCAUUCAAGCUGCACCCGAUAUGGAGUCCUGGCUGACAAACAGGGAACAAAUGCAAAACUUUGACAAAGCUUCCUUCCUUUCGGACCAACCUGAGCCUUACCUCCCAUUCCUCUCUCACUUCAUUGAAACGCAGAUGUUUGCAACCUUCAUAGAUAAUAAAAUAAUCUCUCAGUGGGAAGAGAAGGACCCUUUUCUGCGAGUGUUUGACUCCCGGAUUGAGAAAAUAAGGCUAUAUAAUGUAAGGGCCCCUGCACUGCGGACAUCCAACUACCAGAAAUGCACCACUUUAAAAGAAGCAGCCCAGUCCAUCGAGCAGCGGCUGAUGAAGAUCGAUCACACGGCCAUCCACCCACACUUACUUGAUAUGAAGAUUGGUCAGGGGAAAUACGAGCAAGGGUUUUUCCCAAAGUUGCAAUCAGAUGUCUUGGCAACUGGACCCACGAAUAACAACCGCUGGGCCAGCCGCAGCACGACGGCACAGCGCCGGAAGGACCGCCUGCGGCAGCACUCGGAGCACAUCGCGCUGGACAACGACCUGCGCGAGAAAUACAUGCAGGAGGCGAGAAGUUUAGGAAAAAAUCUAAGGCAGCCCAAACUCUCGGACCUCUCUCCAGCUGUUAUUGCCCAGACCAACUGCAAAUUUGUGGAAGGGUUACUGAAGGAAUGUCGCAUGAAGACUAAACGCAUGUUGGUAGAGAAGAUGGGCCAUGAAGCAGUGGAGCUUGGACAUGGAGAAGCCAACAUCACAGGUCUGGAGGAAAAUACGUUAAUUGCCAGUCUGUGUGAUCUGCUAGAAAGAAUCUGGAGCCAUGGUCUGCAAGUCAAGCAGGGGAAAUCAGCUUUGUGGUCCCAUUUGCUUCAAUACCAGGAGAGAGAAGAGAAGCAAGAGCAUAGUGCAGAGUCCCCAGUUGCUGUUGGAACAGAAAGAAGAAAGUCUGAUACAGGAAUUACCCUGCCUACUUUGAGGGUUUCCCUGAUACAAGAUAUGAGGCAUGUUCAGAACAUGAGUGAGAUCAAGACAGACGUGGGGCGAGCCCGAGCCUGGAUACGGCUUUCCCUGGAGAAGAAGCUUUUGUCUCAGCACCUGAAACAGCUGCUUUCCAACCAGGCGCUCGCCAAGAAACUCUACAAGCGCUACGCGUUCCUGCGCUGCGAGGAGGAGCGGGAGCAGUUCCUGUAUCACCUGCUCUCGCUCAACGCCGUCGAUUACUUCUGCUUCACGAGCGUCUUCACCACCAUCAUGAUCCCGUACAGGUCGGUGAUAAUCCCCAUCAAAAAGCUGAGCAAUGCAAUAACCACGUCAAACCCGUGGAUUUGUGUCUCGGGAGAGCUAGGAGAUACGGGCAUAAUGCAGAUUCCUAAAAACCACCUGGAAAUGACAUUUGAGUGCCAGAAUUUAGGAAAGAUGACGACGGUUCAGAUCGGUCAUGACAACUCAGGGCUAUUAGCCAAGUGGCUGGUUGAUUGUGUCAUGGUCAGGAACGAAAUAACGGGACACACAUACAAGUUUCCGUGCGGCCGGUGGCUGGGCAAGGGGGUCGACGACGGCAGCCUGGAGCGAAUCCUCAUCGGGGAGCUGGUGUCGGCGACGUGCGACGAGGAGCUGGGCAAGCAGUGCCGGACGCCGCCGCAGCAGAAGUCCCCGACGACCGCGCGCAGGCUGAGCAUCACCUCCCUCACCGGGAAGAACAUGAAGCCUAACGCGGGGCAGAUCCAGGAGGGAAUCGGAGAAGCUGUGAACAAUAUUGUGAAACAUUUUCACAAACCAGAGAAAGAGAGAGGGAGCCUGACCAUCCUGCUGUGUGGAGAAAACGGCCUCGUGGCUGCACUGGAGCAGGUCUUCCACCACGGGUUCAAGUCAUCUCGCAUGUUUCAUAAGAAUGUCUUCCUCUGGGAUUUCAUAGAAAAAGCUCUUGCUUAUUUUGAAACCAGUGACCAGAUUGGAGACCACGAGGAGGGCCUUUUGCUUCAGAGAUCUUCGUGCAAAUCCUUCUGUCAUUACGUGAAUGCCAUCAAUACAGCUCCGAGGAACAUUGGGAAGGAUGGCAAAUUCCAAAUUCUGGUUUGCCUGGGGACCAGGGACCACCUGCUGCCCCAGUGGCUCCCGCUGCUGGCCGAGUGCCCGCCCAUCACGCGCAUGUACGAGGAGAACGCGCUGCUGCGGGACCGCAUGACCGUCAACUCCCUCAUCCGCGUCCUGCAGACCUUGCAAGACUUCAACAUCGUCCUGGAGGGAUCGCUCAUUAAGGGAGUGGAUGUUUAGCAGGGCUCUGCCCAGGACUUGGCUGUUCCU